UUCCAAGCGUAUCAUUCGCUCUGUUGAUUUUUUUCACGCAAAAAAAAAGUACACAACAAAUAAGAAUUUCUUUUGAGUAACUGAAACAGGUUUACUAGGAUUAGUUCAGCAAACGGAAGUGGAAUGAAAAAUUAGAUGUCGAAAUGAUAUACUUAACUAGUAUUCAUACUAUAAUAGAACUUUUAUUAGUUUCAUUCGUACUUUUGUUAAUCGUUGACGAAAAAAAGAAAUACGCUUCAAUAAAUCGUUAUUUUCAAAUUUCAGCCCGAGCAAUUAUUUUCAAUUUGAAAAUAUUACCUAGGUAUCUAAUCGAGCGAAUUCAUAUCCCCGAUACGAGAUAACGCCAUGACAAUAACAUUGCUUAUGUUAAGUAUGAUAAUUAUUCUAAGUAUUAUUCGGUAUAUAAUUUUCAAAAAAAGUAGAAAACGACUGGAAAAAUUGGUGAAUGAAUUCGCGGGUCCUCGAGCUCACCCUAUAAUUGGAAAUUUAUCCAUGUUUUUUGGUACUCCGUCGGAUGUUCUUCGAAGGGGAUUGAAAAUUUUUCUUUACAAAAGUCCUGUGAGAAUAUGGCUGCUGCAAAAACCAAUGAUUUUAAUUUUCGAUCCUGAAAAUUUUCAGAUCGUAUGCAGAAAAACUUCAGAUAAAGAAUAUGGCUACGGAUUCAUUAAAGAUUUUCUAGGGGAAGGAUUGAUCACAGCAUCAGGAGAAAAAUGGAAGAAAAAUAGAAGGCUUUUAAAUCCAGCUUUCAAUCCACAUCUUCUACAAGACUAUUUCUUAAAUGUAUUUCACGAAGAGGACAGUAAACUGAUUAAGACGCUGGAUAUGCAAGCGGAUAAAAAUAUUCAAUUCGAUUUGUGGCCUUAUAUUAUUCACUGCACUUUAAACACCAUCACUCUGACAGCGAUUAAUCAUAGAGACGAAAUAGAAAAAGGUAUGUUCGAGUAUGGAGACUCCAUAUUGAAAGCAUCGUACUUAGUCACUAAACGAAUAUAUAAACCCUGGUUGCAUCCGGAAUUUAUAUACAAAUUAUACAAACAGAUUAAAGGUUAUAAUAAAGCUUUCGAUCACAUUCACGGAUUACCUAAAACGGUUAUAGAAAAAAAGAAAAAAGAAUACGAAAAUCAAAAUGAAUCUAAUCAAAACAUCGAGUUGAAUGACGAAGAAAAUUUUUCUUGCGAUAGAAAAGCUAAAACAUUUAUCGAUAUAUUAUUAAAUUGUCCCGAAUCAAAAAAACAUUUCUCAAACGAUGAACUAGCUGAUGAAAUCGUCACAAUUAUUAUGGCAGGAAGUGAAACGACUGCAGUAUCUGUGUGUUCAACGUUAGUGAUGCUGGCAUCACAUCAACAUUGCCAGGAUAAAGUGUACGAAGAAAUAGAAAACGUUCUAGGAGACCACGAAGGGAACUUCGAAAUCAAGCAUUUGAAUAAAUUAACAUUUCUAGAACAAUGCAUAAAAGAAACACUGAGAUUAUUCACCACUGUGCCCUUCAUAUUUCGAAAUGUUAUCGAAGAUAUAGAAUUAAAAGAUGGAAGAAUUAUACCAGCGGGAACUACGGUUUGCUUAUCUAUAGCAAUGUUACACAUUAAUCCUCAAGUGUAUAAAAAUCCCAGGGUAUGGAAUCCUGAAAAUUUCUCUGCAGAAGAAAUUGUAAAAAGACCCUAUGGCAGCUUUCUGCCAUUUAGUACCGGACCAAGAUCUUGUAUAGGAGCUAAAUAUGCCAUGUUAUCGAUAAAAGUUAUGCUUGUCAUGCUGCUGAGAAGAUACAAAUUUCACACAAGUAUGAAAAUGAGGGAUUUUCAUAUGGGUUUUGACAUUGUUAUGAGAAACACCACAGGAUAUCAUGUAAGAUUGGAAAAAAGACUGCCAUGAGUAUAUUGACUAUAGGUACCUAGCUACCUACAUCUUAGAUGUGCGUUGAUUGAUGUUGAAUACAUUAAAUACGGUUACCUAUACAUUUUCUAUGUUAAAAUGUUCAAUUUUUAUAGGUUUGAAUGUCAUCACACGACGUUGAAUUUAUGUACGCUCUUUGUAGUUUGUACUACGUAGUUCAUAACAUUGUUUCAAUACUCAACAAAUCACUAAUAAAUUUUAGAUUAAUCCGUGACACGUUCUAAUUACUUAAUGUGGAACACAUUGACGUUAAUGUUAAUUUUUUAUGCGAGAAGGAAAACGUGCUCUCGAUAAACAAUUUUUAUACAUACAUUUAGAUUUGUACAAAUCAGUUAUUUCAACAGAUGUAGAAUGAAAGUUCAGUUGUUUUAG